UAGACGCGUCCUCCUCCUCCUCCUCUUCCUCCUCUUCUUCAUCCUCCUCUUCUUCGUCCUCGGUCCACGAGCCCAAGAUGGAUGCGCUCAUCAUCCCGGUGACCAUGGAGGUGCCGUGCGACAGCCGGGGCCAGCGCAUGUGGUGGGCUUUCCUGGCCUCCUCCAUGGUGACUUUCUUCGGGGGCCUCUUCAUCAUCCUGCUCUGGCGGACGCUCAAGUACCUGUGGACCGUUUGCUGCCACUGCGGGGGCAAGACGAAGGAGGCCCAGAAGAUUAACAAUGGCUCCAGCCAGGCUGAUGGCACUCUCAAGCCAGUGGACGAGAAAGAGGAGGUGGUGGCAGCUGAGGUCGGCUGGAUGACCUCCGUGAAGGACUGGGCGGGGGUGAUGAUCUCCGCCCAGACACUGACGGGCCGAGUUCUGGUUGUGUUAGUCUUUGCUCUCAGCAUUGGUGCACUUGUCAUAUACUUCAUAGAUUCGUCAAACCCCAUAGAAUCCUGCCAGAAUUUCUACAAAGAUUUCACAUUACAGAUCGACAUGGCUUUCAACGUGUUCUUCCUUCUCUACUUUGGCUUGCGGUUUAUUGCAGCCAACGACAAGCUGUGGUUCUGGCUAGAAGUGAACUCUGUGGUGGAUUUCUUCACGGUCCCCCCGGUGUUUGUGUCUGUGUACUUAAACAGAAGUUGGCUUGGUUUGAGAUUUUUACGAGCUCUCAGACUGAUCCAGUUUUCAGAAAUUUUGCAGUUUCUGAAUAUCCUUAAGACAAGAUCAGAUAUGAUGAGAGGCCUGAAAGUGUUUGUGACAUUUAAACCAGAGACGGGCACACUGCAGCCUGGGCCACAGGUGGAGAAUUCAGGGGACCCAUGGGAAAAUUUCCAAAACAACCAGGCGCUUACGUACUGGGAAUGUGUCUACUUGCUCAUGGUCACCAUGUCCACUGUUGGCUAUGGGGAUGUUUACGCGAAAACCACGCUCGGGCGCCUCUUCAUGGUCUUCUUCAUCCUCGGGGGACUGGCCAUGUUUGCCAGCUACGUCCCUGAAAUCAUAGAGUUAAUAGGAAACCGCAAGAAAUACGGGGGCUCCUAUAGUGCGGUUAGUGGAAGAAAGCACAUUGUGGUCUGUGGACACAUCACUCUGGAGAGUGUCUCCAAUUUCCUGAAGGACUUCCUGCACAAGGACCGGGAUGAUGUCAACGUGGAGAUCGUCUUUCUUCACAACAUUUCCCCCAACCUGGAGCUGGAAGCUCUAUUCAAACGACAUUUUACUCAGGUGGAAUUUUAUCAGGGUUCAGUCCUCAAUCCACAUGAUCUUGCGAGAGUCAAGAUAGAGUCAGCAGAUGCGUGCCUCAUCCUUGCCAAUAAGUACUGCGCAGACCCCGACGCUGAAGAUGCCUCCAACAUCAUGAGAGUCAUCUCCAUAAAGAACUACCACCCGAAGAUAAGAAUCAUCACUCAGAUGCUGCAGUAUCACAACAAGGCCCAUCUGCUAAACAUCCCGAGCUGGAACUGGAAAGAGGGUGAUGAUGCAAUCUGCCUCGCAGAGCUGAAGCUGGGGUUCAUAGCCCAGAGCUGCCUGGCCCAGGGCCUCUCCACCAUGCUCGCCAACCUCUUCUCCAUGAGGUCAUUCAUAAAGAUUGAGGAAGACACGUGGCAGAAAUACUACUUGGAAGGAGUCUCCAAUGAAAUGUACACAGAGUAUCUCUCCAGUGCCUUCGUGGGUCUGUCCUUCCCUACUGUUUGUGAGCUGUGUUUUGUGAAGCUCAAGCUCCUCAUGAUAGCCAUUGAGUACAAGUCCGCCAACCGAGAGAGCCGUAUAUUAAUUAAUCCUGGAAACCAUCUUAAGAUCCAAGAAGGUACUUUAGGAUUUUUCAUCGCAAGUGAUGCCAAAGAAGUUAAAAGGGCAUUUUUUUACUGCAAGGCCUGUCAUGAUGACAUCACAGAUCCCAAAAGAAUAAAAAAAUGCGGCUGCAAACGGCUGAUCUAUUUUGAAGAUGAGCAGCCCUCGACGCUGUCACCCAAAAAAAAGCAGCGGAAUGGAGGCAUGCGGAACUCCCCCGGCUCCUCGCCCAAGCUGAUGAGGCAUGACCCCUUGUUAAUUCCCGGCAAUGAUCAGAUUGACAACAUGGACUCCAACGUGAAGAAGUACGACUCUACUGGGAUGUUUCACUGGUGCGCACCCAAGGAGAUAGAGAAAGUCAUCCUGACUCGAAGUGAAGCCGCCAUGACUGUCCUGAGUGGCCACGUGGUGGUCUGCAUCUUCGGCGAUGUCAGCUCAGCCCUGAUUGGCCUCCGGAACCUGGUGAUGCCACUCCGCGCCAGCAACUUUCAUUACCAUGAGCUCAAGCACAUCGUGUUUGUGGGCUCCAUUGAGUACCUCAAGCGGGAAUGGGAGACGCUUCACAACUUCCCCAAAGUGUCCAUAUUGCCUGGUACGCCAUUAAGUCGGGCUGAUUUAAGGGCCGUCAACAUCAACCUCUGUGACAUGUGCGUUAUCCUGUCAGCCAAUCAGAAUAAUAUUGAUGAUACUUCGCUGCAGGACAAGGAAUGCAUCUUGGCGUCACUCAACAUCAAAUCUAUGCAGUUUGAUGACAGCAUCGGGGUCUUGCAGGCGAAUUCCCAAGGGUUCACACCUCCAGGAAUGGACAGAACCUCGCCAGACAACAGCCCAGUGCACGGAAUGUUGCGUCAGCCGUCCAUCACAACUGGGGUCAACAUCCCCAUCAUCACUGAACUAGCUAAACCUGGCAAGUUGCCUUUGGUAUCAGUCAAUCAGGAAAAAAACAGUGGGACGCACAUUCUAAUGAUAACUGAACUGGUGAACGAUACUAAUGUUCAAUUUCUGGACCAAGACGAUGAUGAUGACCCCGACACAGAGCUGUACCUCACGCAGCCGUUUGCCUGUGGGACAGCAUUUGCCGUCAGCGUCCUGGACUCUCUCAUGAGUGCGACAUACUUCAAUGACAAUAUCCUUACCCUGAUCCGGACCCUGGUGACAGGAGGAGCCACGCCGGAGCUCGAGGCUCUGAUUGCGGAGGAGAAUGCGCUUCGAGGGGGCUACAGCACCCCCCAGACGCUGGCCAACAGGGACCGCUGCCGCGUGGCCCAGCUAGCGCUGCUGGACGGGCCCUUUGCGGACUUGGGGGAUGGCGGUUGUUAUGGUGAUCUGUUCUGCAAAGCUCUGAAAACGUAUAAUAUGCUUUGUUUUGGAAUUUACCGGCUGAGAGAUGCUCACCUCAGCACCCCCAGCCAGUGCACGAAGAGGUAUGUCAUCACCAACCCCCCGUACGAGUUUGAGCUCGUGCCGACGGACCUGAUCUUCUGCUUAAUGCAGUUUGACCACAACGCCGGCCAGUCCCGGGCCAGCCUCUCCCAUUCCUCCCACUCGUCCCAAUCCUCCAGCAAGAAGAGCUCCUCCGUUCACUCCAUCCCGUCCACAGCAAACCGACCGAACCGGCCCAAGUCCCGGGAGUCCCGAGCCGAAAGCUGUGCAACAAGGAUGAAUAGAAUGGGCCAAGCAGAAAAGAAAUGGUUUACAGAUGAGCCGGAUAAUGCCUAUCCCAGAAACAUUCAAAUCAAGCCCAUGAGUACCCACAUGGCUAACCAGAUCAACCAAUAUAAAUCCACAAGCAGCUUGAUUCCACCAAUCAGAGAAGUUGAAGAUGAAUGUUGACUCCCAGGAGACCAGAACUAUUUUUUUAAAGCCUGACAAACUUCAUAAAUGGUGAUGUGACUUUUCUUCCUCUUACACACUGAAUCACUGGUGGAAACCUUAGGAUAAGUGAGAUUUGCAAGAAAGAUAAAGUAGACAGAUCUUUCUCUUUGUUUGCCUUGAAUAUUGCUUCCAUGUAUUUUGGAGAAGAAAAUGAUUUCAUUUAUAAAUGAAUAUACUAAAAUAGUCAUGUAUAGCCUCUAGCAUUUUAAAUUAUUUUUAUUUAUUAGAAAGAAAAUAUAUUUUUUCUUUUUUUUUUCAUUGUCAAAUAUCUUCCCUAGAUCUAUACAAUGCAAAAUCAAAAUGAAUAUGUGGCCAGACUCCUUAAUGCAUAUUUCUCUUCUUUCUCUCUUUUACUUUGGGGAGAAUGAUGGUCACCACCACAAUUAAUUAUAACAAAAGGAAAUGGAUUAUUUAAAAAAAAAACUUUUAAUGGUUCAAUGAUGUAAACAUGUAUUUUAGUAAAUUCAAAAAAAAAAGAAGACGAAAGGGGGCAGGAUGGGUGUGUAUUUUGGCUGCUCUGACACCAGCUCUUAAUAAAUGGAGACAUUUAUUUUCACAGUUGAAAGUCAUAUUUUUGUAGUUUUAGUUUUCAUUCUGUAUUUCUUAUCCCUUCGUUCAUAUACUUAAAGGGAAGACCUCGCAGCUUUUCUAGAAUUGCCAGGUCAGGUUCAGACAGCCACCGACAGCACCCGGAGAGGGGUGAGCACGCUGGGACGUGGACACUGAGGGCCAGAUGCACAGGAGACGUGGCUCUACCUAUUGUCCUAGUGGUGAGGACCCCUCAGCUGGUAUGCUUCUCACUUCAUAGCUCUGAACCACCCUCGGAAGUGAUUUCAACCAUGAAAGGGUCUGGGGGGCUGUCCCCACACCCCAUGUCUCAGAGAUUUUACCCUGAAAGUUUGUAAACACUAAUGAAUCGUUUUGUGUAACAAUAGGAUGUGAUACUACAUUCAUUCUUUUCACUGAAUUUUUGUUUUAAAGCCAGAUAUUUUCUAUAAUCAAGGAGAUGACUUUUGCCAGAUUUUAGCUCUUCGGGCUUUCUUUCAGUCGCUGGGACAAAACCCACAAACUUGCUACAGCAAUGUAAAAAUUAAUAACAAAAGGAAAGCAACAAAUGCACUUAAAACAGACUGUUAGGGAAGGCCUUUGAAAUUUACCAGCAAUGAAAUCAAAUGUAUCAGCCACUUCAAGCUGUGGUCAAAAUUCGUUCUAGCCACCAGACACAGUUCCCACGUCUCAGAGCCCUGGUGUGGCUUGCAUGACAAGUGUACAGUGGUCCCGGCAGCUGUUAUAUUUCAAACGAUUGAGCAAGUCUUUUAAUUACAGGAUUAUCCAUUUUUGAUACAGUCAGCAGGGUCUCUGGAGAAGCAUGGAUGUGACAGUAAUUUUUAUUUCCUUAAAAAUGUAAACUGUGGACACUUGAAGAAACCAAACUUACCAAAAUAUCCCCCAAAGUCCCAUAAGAUUCCAUUAAUUCUUUAGGCCAUGACCCUGUGGUACCUAGUACGUUAGUGCAAAUCAGAUCAGUGGCAAGCCAUGCAAUCACCAUGGAAACAUAUGCCCACUAAGUCCUCCAAUUACAACGUAGGCAAAAUGAGCUUCCGCCUCUGUCCACUCCCUGCGGAGCCAACGUCCUCGUGCUUGUCGGCGCCGUCCUGAAGUGACUUGUCAGACUGUGUCGUCACAUUCUGUAGCAUUAGCUCUAUAAAAGUAUUGUGAAUAUAAUGUAUGUCCAAUUGGGUUGUUUAAAAACUACUUAUAACCAAUCGCUAGCCUCCUCAGCAGACUACAAUGACGUCAGCAGUCUCUAUUCAGGCUUCUAGGCAUCUCCUGGUUUCCACUGUGGGGCGGGUCUCUGGCUGGGUUUUGACAGCUUUCCUGGGAGCCGGGCCUACUUUUACAUAUGAUUUUGCAUUGAGCUCUCCUUAGCACAUGCACACCAAGCCACGCUCUUCUUUCCUUCAUGAACCCCGGUGGACUCUUCCCCACUCGUGUUCCUGACAGUCAUUUCUGAAUUUGUCCUGUUUGGUUUCCUUCCAGGGGGUGAUGGUGGCCACCUCAAUGACCCUAGAGGAACUUAGGCCACUGAGUCCCUGCCCGCUGCCCUCUCCUCCUCCUCUGGCCACACCAGUCAGUCUGAAAGCAGUAAACUCUCUGCCCAUCAUUGCUGGAGACUGGAAUCUGAAUUUUGUUUUUCUUUUUUAGCAAAAAGCUAAGAUGGUUUUCUACAGCAAAGAGUACCCCCCACCCCCCACUCCCCCAAACACUAAUUAUUGGGAAUCCAUUUUCUUCUAAGGUGGAGCAGGAAGCUCAUGCUGUUUGCCUUUGUAAUAAUGAAUUGGCCGGAAAAUAAAAGCAGGCGUGUGUUUAAGAAGGUGUGCAGAAUGAUUGGUUGGUCGCUCCUUAGACAAAACCUGCUUCCUGGUAGGCUGGCAGUGAAAUGGAAACAGAAGCAAGACUGUAAGGUCACUGAAGGACUCCCAGAAGGCCAGAGCUUCCGGGUUUGUUUCUGUUUGUUCAACUCUCUGGCCCUGAGAGCGUGCUCAUUCCACCCACCAGGACAAACUCAUCUUUCUGGAUAAAUUCAGUAUAGAGCGAUGAUGGUCAUCAUUGGUACAGUCAGUGUCAUAAGGCUCUGUCCGGUCUGCCUUCUCAGGUUGAGGUUCAGAAACGCUGUUUUUACCAAACUACAGAUUAUUAGAUGCUUUGGGAAUCAAAGACUCACCAACAGGCUAUUAAAAAACAGAAAGUACUUAUUAAGGCAUUGUCACCUUCAUCAUCUUUCUUUCUAAGAAUGCUUUCACUUCGGCCUGAGAAACUUUAUAUUUUAAAACAUCACCUUGAACCAAUAUAAAACAUCUUAAAUAAAAGUGAUUGUGACUAAGGCGUGUUGGGGGAACACUCAGACCUCUUUCCUUCGAAAGGUUAGGACAUCUAAUGAUGUACUUUGUACAAAUGUAAUUGAAGGCUUGAAAUGAACUGGGAAUUCAAGCUGUUUGUUUAGGAGUGGAAAUGGGGGAAGUGAAAAAGCAUAAGAAAAUUGGGCACAUUUUCAUGUGAAAAGGUGAGAGUCCAACUUUCCUACUAAUGGUUUAAUUGGGGAUUCUAGAGCUACACCUGCAAAUACCUAGCUAUGUGCUAUGAAAAUGUCCUUUUACUCCCUGAGUCUCAGUGACCUCUCCGUAAAUGAGAGUGAUUUGUCUCAAUGACUCUAAUGUCCCUUUCAGAGCUGAGGGAACAGGGUCUGAGUCAGGAGUGGGAGCGUGGGACUCAGCCUUUGGGGACAACUUGCCCUGGGCUGUCACGACGGUCCUCCUUGCUGUCUCUCCCAGGCGGCACUCCUGAGGGCAGUGUGCACUUCCUGCUCUGGGCACAUAGCAGUUAGGUUCAUUCUUUAACUUUGGAGUCUCUUUAGGCUCAAAAUACAAAUUUCAAAAUUCAAAUCCUCCUGGAACACAUUGGUUAAAUGUUUCUGUGUGUUCCUAGAGUUUUCUUUGCAAUCUCCUUCCUGCCUGUUUUAUUUCUUGCCUCAAGGUUCAGUUUUGGUCAAUCCCACCACCUCUAACUCGUUAUCUCCAAUUUCCAAUAUGUAGUUAGAGGCUCAUGAAUAUUGGAUUUCUGACGUUUUCUUCAUUUUUUUAUUUCUACAUGGGUAUCUGGGUUUUAGGAAGUAAUCAGUCUUACUUCUCACUUGAUUCCAUAUUCUCUGUUUAUUUGAUUUUUUCUUCCAUUAGUACACUAGCAAUCUCUUUACUACUUGCAUUAAUAAGUCUAAUUUCGAUAUAUCAUGCUUCAUUGUGAAAGAGAAACCCGGGGGGG